UCCAGGAAGUUUCUGGCCUGAGUCGUGUGUGUGUGUGUGAGAGAGAGAGAUAUAUAUGAUAUGAUAUGGUAUAUGAUAUGACUGCCAGCUUUAUCACACUAUAAAAAGUGGAGUCCCACACUUCCUUUACUUCAGUUUGAGGAAAUCAGAUGUGCUGCAGAGAUGGAGUUCAGCAUCAAGCACACAUGGGACAGUAAGCCUGUGGAUCACGCCCCGGUGAAGAUCUGUUUCUCUCCUGGCUCUGGAGGUCUGAAGAUGGAGGUUUGUGCUCCGUUCUUCAACGAUCCAGCAGCUCCUUCUGGUCCUCCGGGACAUCCGUUCCCCGGACUCUGGGACUAUGAAGUGGUUGAGUCAUUCUUUUUAAACAACAGGACUGAGCAGUAUCUGGAGGUUGAAGUCUGUCCACACGGACAGCACCUGGUUCUGCUGCUGAACGGAAAACACAACGCCUUCAUGCAACAGCUCCCUAUGGUGUUCAGUGCUUCCAUAACGGGGGACAUGUGGAAGGGUGAGGCCCUACUGCCCUGGAGCUUCUUCCCCCGAGAGAUCAAUAAGAUGAACUCGUACGCUAUCCAUGGCUCAGGGGCGGGACGUACUUACGAGGCUCUUUACCCUAUCCCCCCUGGGGACCUGGUCCCCGGGCAGGGGCCUGACUUUCACCGUCUGGAGUAUUUCCAGCCCUUCAGCCUGCAGAGCAUUAUGGGAGAAGGCUGGGUUCAGCCCGAAUCUGACCUCUGGAAGGGAGUGAGCAAGUGAGCAGAGUGCACUGCGGCCUUAUCAAGGACAAGCACACGAAUAACCUUAACGAGGCUUUAAUGAGGGUGUAACGAGGGUGUAAUGAGGGUUCUAAAGCUGUUAUCGUUAAACACACCCAGAUUUUAUGAAUAAAGUCAGACUCUAAUCUCA